AUGACACCUCCUAAAAAGAUGUCACUCGAAGAGUUCAUCUCUGAUGAUUCUUAUGGCGGAUCCUGGGCAGAUGACGAGAUCGAUAUCGCGUCAAUCUCCGUACCAAUAGAGAAGUAUAAGUCACACGGAAUGUCUGAUAGUCAAGGCGGGUUUUACAGGUCGGGCAACUAUGGCCAAUCGAGGUUUUCUACCGACCAAGGCCCUCCAUACAUUGUGAAACUUCUUCAUCUUCCAGUUUCCUGCGAUGAUGCAUUUAUCGAUGACCUCUUCUCAUCGAGAUAUACAAGGAAGGUGAAAGCCAAGAUUGUGUAUGAUCCCAGCUCAAACCCUUUGGAGACUGGCGUUGUCAAAAAAGUGCUUUUGUUGAAUUGGAGUCCUUCAGUGACCAGAGUAAGAGUGGUUAUUGAGUACGCAGACUACAAUGAUUUCCAGAAUUGUAUGAAGUUCAAUCAAGAACAUGACAGAGAAUUGCGUCGUAUAGAAAGGGAGUUUCUCGCUAAUAAAACUAGAGGCGGCUUCGAUGGUAGACGCUCAUCGCACGGCGCACAUAUCCCCGGCUUGGGUAUUCUUGGGGAAUUGGAAGAUCUACGGCAACCUGCCCGCGAUAGUCUGCGUUUCGGCUCAGCUGGAAGACGAACUUCGUUUGGUUCUGGCCCAAGCCACGCAAGAUCACCUCCAUCUAGGUUCACAUCUAUGCAUACGGCAACUCCGAAAGAGGUGGAGCCCAUCCAUACGACUCACGCAACCCCACAAUUGGCACCACCAAAGCCCAAGCCAAAUCCUUUUGGUAAUGCCAAGCCAGUGGAUAUAGUGGCAAAGGAGCAUGAACUUGAUAAGAAGAUUGUGGUGAUUAACCCGACGACAGUAAAAACUCUUGGGUCCGACUCGGAGGAAUCUCUGGACAACAAAAAGAAAGACUCGAAUGGUACACCAAGCUCAAGCACAUCAAAAGCAAGUGAACCCCCGGCGACUACGGGGUCAAAUGCGUUGGCGCCCGCGCCAAUACCGUCAUCGAUUUACGGACAAAAACAGAGCCUCGCUGACAUACUUAGCUCGAAGUCUGACCCGGAUAUUACAGGCAAGAAUUCAAAACUCAAGAAGUCAGCAAGCAGUACGCCUAAGCCUCAGGGAAAGCCAGUAAUAUUAAAGAAGAAACCUUCCACCGUUUCUUCGCCAGCGCAUCAAAAAGAGCUUGAGAGACUCAGUAGCCCAGAGGCGGUUGCUUUGGAGACAAAGAACGAAAUCCAUUCUGAGCCAAACUUAGGGAGUCUUAAGAUUCAGGAUGGGACAAUGAAAUCUGUUGAAAUUCUGCGAUCAGCAUCCAAACCCUCCGAAGAAAAGCAAGACCAGGUUUCCACUGAGAGCUCUUCCGAUAGAAAGAAUUAUGGGCAGAAACCGGAUAGCGAUUUAUCUGAUGAAAAGGCGACAAGAACCCCAUCAAAAACAUCGGGUUCGAGUAGAGAGAACUCAAAAGAGUCUGGUGAAAGGAGAAGAAGGUCCCUGAGAACAAAGCGUGGAUCCGUCUCUGAACUGACAGAAAAACGCGAAAUGGAAGAGGGAAGACGUAUCCGUGAGCAGCAGCAUCUCACUGAACGUAAUAAAUCCUUCUCAUCUCAACAUCGUCCUGACUUUAAGAAGCAUCUCAAUGAAAUCACCCUGGUUUCGGAAGAUAAGGAGAAGUUACCACACUCUGCAUUUAGGAGCCGUGGUCGUGGUAGAGGUGGACACGAUUUUGGACCAAGGGGUUUCUCUUCCCAUAGGCGAAGAUCGUCAGAUGGCGGCUUUAAGGGGAGAAUGCCGAAGGAGUUGAGCGACGGUGUCAAUGAGCCAAGGACAGAGAAGUCUGAACACAAUGGCAAUGAGAACAAAAUGCUCGACACUUCAACUACAACAGAAACAAAGGAGGUUGAUGGGGAAAUUAAGAAAGAGGAAGACAAGAUUGCUCGUGGAUCUUCUCGCAGAGGUAGGGGCCGUGGCAGGGGUCGCGGUUACAGAGGAAGAGGAAAUCGAGGAGGUAGAGGGAGCUCUGAUAGAGUAAACGGGGUAGCUUCUUCAGAAGAAUCCAAACCACCUGCUGCUGAAUCUCGGCCUGCGGCGAGUGCAUGA